AUGUAGACGGACAGACCACUCGCAGACUGCUGAAUCUAUUUAGUCUACAGACGUUAAAUCCAGUUGCCUUUCUCGAGAUAGAUCACACACGCACACACAGGAUGAAUUGCCUGCUACUGCUUUGCCUUUUAGCAAUAGGUAUACAUAGCGCUGCUGCAAUCAAGUGUUACUCGUGUGCAAACUGCCCGAUCCCAUGGAAUCCAAGAGGGGUUGAGUCUAAAGAUAAAUGCACCUACUGUAUGAGUGUGCAGACAAAAAUCAGCGAUAUGGUAAAACACGUGGCCAAGUCAUGCGUCAACACUUGUGUUGAAAGCGACACUCUGAUGAAUGGGAAUGGUUUGCUUACCGAAUGCUGUAAAACGGACCUUUGCAACAAGGGUCAUCAGCGUACAUUCGGUCCAAUGUUACUAAUCCUAACUGGAACGGCUGCGGUUGCUGAAAACUCCUCGACAGCCCACGACCGGUUUCGCCCUCCUUGGGACUCAUCAGGUAGGCGCAGUCCCCGAGUUUCCGUCAACCCCAUGUUCUACUUGAAACCAAAUUGCACGAAAUUAGCGAAUAUACACUCAUCGGCAAACUAA